GUCCCACCCAGCAGACCCAGGCACCUCGGGUGCGGGCAGCCAGCCGGACCCUCCGCACCUGCGCUGACCUCGGGCUCCCAGGACGCGGCGCGGACACCUGUGGGCUGCGCUCCGAGCGCGCUCUCGGCCAUGACGCACGUGCAGGCGGCGGUUCCCGAGGAACUGCGGGGCCCCCUGUGAGCGGGGACCGGGGAGGACCCCGGCGCGAGGCGGCGCGCGCGAUGCCUGUGCCCGCGGAGGCCCUGGCGCUGGUGCUGCUACUCCUCGCGGUGGCUGCGGGCGACCCGGCGCGGCUCCUGCGCCCGCUGCAGCCCAGCAUGCCUCACGUGUGUGCUGAGCAAGAGCUGACCCUGGUGGGCCGCCAGCUGCCUUGUGUGCAGGCCUUCAGCCGUAUGGUGCCCGUGUGGAAGCCGGGCUGCAGGCUGCAGGCAUGGUGUGUCAGCCAUGAGCGGAGAAUCAUCUAUUACACAGGCUACAGGCAGGUGCACACCACGGAGGCCCGCACGGUGCUCAGAUGCUGCCCAGGGUGGAGCCGGCUGCCUGGCCAGGAGGGUUGCCUGUCCGAUGUGGAUGAGUGCCAGGCACAUAACGGCGGCUGCCAGCACAGGUGUGUGAACACCCCCGGCUCCUACCUCUGUGAGUGCAAGCCUGGCUUCCGGCUCCACAGCGACGGCAGGACCUGCCUGGCCCUCAACUCGUGUGCCCUGGGCAAUGGCGGCUGCCAGCACCAGUGUGUGCAGCUCACGGCCACACGGCACCGCUGCCAGUGCUGGCCUGAGUUCCAGCUGCAGGAAGACGGGAGGCGCUGUGUCCGGAGAAGUCCGUGCGCGGUCAGAAACGGUGGCUGCAUGCACUCGUGCCGGGCGCUCCGGGGCCUCGCACACUGUGAAUGUCACGCGGGCUACCAGCUGGCCGCCGACCACAAGGCCUGUGAAGAUGUGGAUGAAUGUGCCUCGCGGGUGGCCCGGUGUGCCCACGGCUGCCUCAACACCCCAGGGUCCUUCCAGUGUGUGUGCCAUGCGGGCUACGAGCUGGGGGCUGAUGGCCGGCAGUGCUACCGGAUUGAGAUGGAGAUCGUGAACAGCUGUGAGACCGACAAUGGCGGCUGCUCCCACGGCUGCAGCCACAGCAGCGCGGGGCCACUGUGCACCUGUCCCCAGGGCUAUGAGCUGGACGAGGACCACAAGACCUGUGUCGAUGUCGACGACUGUGCCACCUCUCCGUGCUGCCAGCAGGUGUGCACCAACAGCCCCGGCGGGUAUGAGUGUAGCUGCUACACCGGCUACCAGCUGGGCACCGACGGCUGCAGCUGCGAGGACGUGGACGAGUGUGCCUCCGGCCGAGGCGGCUGCGAGCAGCGCUGUGCCAACCUGGCUGGCUCCUUCCAGUGUUCCUGCGAGGCUGGCUUUCUGCUGGACGAGGACCGCAGGGGCUGCACCCCCCUAGAGGAGGCCACGGUGGACCUGGAUGGCCAGCUGCCCCUGGUGCAGCCCCUGCCGCAUGUGGCCGGGCUGGCGGAUGAGUUCCUGCAGUUGCUCCAGGACGACUACGCCGGGACCGAGGAAGGGGAGGAGGCCGCCGAGCUGCGGGGCGAGCACACCCUCGCCGAGAGGUUCAUCUGCCUGGGCGACUCCUUCGGCCCCGACUGCAGCUUGACCUGUGAGGACUGCCUCAACGGAGGCAGCUGUCUGCCGGGUCUGGAUGGCUGCGACUGCCCCGAGGGCUGGACCGGGCUCCUCUGCAAUGCAACUUGUCCUCCGGGCAUGUUCGGGAAAAACUGCAGCUCCUCCUGCAGCUGUCACAACGGCGGGAGUUGCAACCCCGUGACGGGGACCUGCCGCUGCCCCCCGGGGGUCAGCGGGCUCCACUGUGAGGACGGCUGCCCCAAGGGUUUCUAUGGCAAGCACUGCCGUAAGAAAUGCCACUGUGCGAACCGGGGCCGGUGCCACCGCCUCUACGGGGCCUGUUUCUGUGACCCAGGGCUGUAUGGCCGCUUCUGUCACCUCGCCUGCCCACCCUGGGCCUUCGGGCCCGGAUGCUCUGAAGAAUGCCAGUGUGACCAGCGCCACACACAGUCGUGCGACCGCAGGGACGGCAGCUGUACCUGCAAGGCUGGCUUCCAGGGCGUGCGGUGCCAGGCAGAGUGCGCGCCGGGUUCCUACGGGCCGGGCUGCCGGCACACAUGUACCUGCCCGCCUGGUGUGGCCUGUGACCCCGUGAGCGGCACGUGUCGGACGCAGUGCCCCGCUGGCUACCAGGGGGCGGACUGUACCCAAGAGUGCCCUGCGGGAACCUUUGGCCAGAACUGCUCCGGAGUCUGUGCCUGUGUGGGGGCCCCGUGCCACCCGGUUACGGGGCAAUGCCAGUGUCUGGCGGGGAAGACUGGAGAAGACUGUGGGGCGGACUGUCCCGAGGGUCGCUGGGGACUCGGCUGCCAGGAGAUCUGUCCGACCUGUGAGCAUGGUGGCAGCUGUGACCCUGAGACCGGAGCCUGCCUGUGCCGUCCCGGCUUCGUUGGCAGCCGCUGCCAAGACGUGUGCCCCGUAGGCUGGUUCGGGGCCGGCUGCCAGACUAGAUGUUCCUGUGCCAAUGACGGGCAUUGCCACCCAACCACUGGACGCUGCAACUGUGCUCCUGGCUGGACCGGCCUCCACUGCCAGCAAGCUUGUGACGGGGGGCGCUGGGGACCCGACUGCAGCUUCCUGUGCAACUGCAGUGCCGGCCAUGGGGGCUGCGACGCGCUCAGCGGCCUGUGCCUGUGUGAGGCUGGCUACGUGGGCCCGCGGUGUGAGCAGCGGUGUCCCGAGGGUUCCUUUGGGCCCAGCUGUGGGCAGCGGUGCCAGUGCCAGCAUGGGGCAGCCUGUGACCAUGUCAGCGGGGCCUGCACCUGCCAGCCUGGCUGGAGGGGGAGCUUCUGCGAGCGUGCCUGCCCGCCUGGCUUCUUCGGGCUCGACUGCCACAGCCCUUGCAACUGCAGUGCUGGAGCCACCUGUGACCCCGUGAGCGGCUCCUGCAUCUGCCCAGCUGGCCGCCAGGGCCCCCGCUGCACCCAGGGCUGCCCAGCCCUCACCUUCGGCCACAACUGCACCCAGGUCUGUACCUGCUUCAACGGGGCCUCCUGUGACCCCGUGCACGGGCAGUGCCGCUGCGCCCCUGGCUGGAUGGGGCCCACCUGCCAGCAGGCCUGUCCUGCUGGCCUGUAUGGAGAGAAGUGCGCACAUGCCUGCCUUUGCCAGCAUGGGGGCAGCUGCGACCCUACCUCAGGCCACUGCACGUGCUCCGAGGGCUGGACUGGCCCAGCCUGCGAGAGCGCCUGCCCGAGGGGCCGGUUCGGAGAGGCGUGUGCCCAGAGCUGUCGCUGCCCACUGGAUGCUACCUGCCACCAUGUCACUGGGGAGUGUUGGUGUCCGCCUGGUGCCUCCGGGCCUGGCUGCAAGCAGGGAUGCCCACCUGGACACUAUGGGCCAGGCUGCCAGCAGCUCUGCAGGUGUCUUCGUGGGGCACCCUGUGACGCAGCCACAGGGACCUGCCACUGCCCCCCCGGCUCCCUGGGGGCCGACUGCAGCCUCUCCUGUCCACAGGGCCGCUUUGGACCCAACUGCACCCACGUGUGCCAGUGCGGGCCGGGUGCGACCUGCGACCCAGUGGCUGGCUCCUGUGUCUGCCCUCCAGGCCGGGUCGGCGUCCACUGUGAGCGCGGCUGCCCCCAGGACCGGUUCGGUGUGGGCUGUGUGCACCAGUGUGCCUGCAGGCACGGGGGCCUGUGCCACCCUGUCAAUGGCAGCUGUUCCUGUGGCCUGGGCUGGACGGGGCCACACUGCGAGCUGUCCUGUCCCCCUGGGCGCUAUGGAGCCGCCUGCCGCCUGGAGUGCACCUGCCAGAAUAAUGGCACCUGUGAUCCCACCACGGGCACUUGCCACUGUGGCCCCGGCUUCUACGGCCAGGCCUGCGAGCACACCUGCCCCCCCGGCUUCCAUGGAGCUGGCUGCCAGGGGGUCUGCCAGUGUCAGCACGGAGCCACCUGUGACCCCAUCAGCGGCCGGUGCCUCUGCCCUGCCGGCUCUCGGGGCCGCUUCUGUGAGGAGGGGUGCGAGCCAGGCUCCUUCGGCGACGGCUGCCGCCAGCCGUGCAACUGUGCUGGGGCCCCCUGCCACCCUGUGACUGGCCUCUGCCUCUGUCCACCGGGGCGCACUGGAGCCACCUGUGACCAGGGCUGUGGAGAUGGCCACUUUGGGCCCGGCUGUGCCCUGCGCUGUGACUGCAGGGCCGGGGCUGAGUGUGACCCGGUCAGCGGGCGCUGCCACUGUGAGGACGGCCAUGCGGGCCCCAAGUGCUGGGAAGCGCUCCCACCGGUGGCCUCCAGCAGACUCGUGCCCCGGCCCAGCAGCGGGACCCCAGAGCGCUGACAGAGACCACCCUGCACCGCGGCCAAGUGGCUGCAGCCUUAGGGGCA